AUGGAACGGUACUACAAACCAGCAUCAGUUUCACCAUCUGAUAACACCUUACCAUCUAAUGAUACUGAUGAUUUGCCGUGGGAUCCUGCUAAAAGAAAAAAUAUCAAGGAUUAUAAUGCAAAUCAAGUCGAUGAGGUAAGACGCAAGUACCUUCUUAGAGGCCCGUGUCAACCACUUGGUCAUAACUUUGAAAAGAGACUCAUAGGUGGUAAAAUGAGACGAUUCAAUCCAGCUUGGUUUGGUCUGUAUGGUAAUUGGCUAGAGUAUAGUGUAUCAGAGGAAAAAGCUUAUUGUUUGUGUUGCUACUUGUUUAGAGAUGAUGCGUAUCCUGGAUUUGUGAGGGAUGGAUUCUCGAAUUGGCAUAAGCCUGAUAGGUUAUCUUUCCAUGUAGGAGAGCUUAACAGUUCUCACAAUAAUGCUGUCAAGAAGUGUGAUGAUUUGAUGAAUCAAGGUCAAUCCAUAGUGCAUGCUAUGUAUAAGAAGACUAAUGCGAUGAAAAAUGAGUAUCGUAUCAGAUUAAAUGCUUCUGUUGAUGUUUCUAGAUACUUAUUGCGACAAGGAUUAGCUUUUCGAGGUCAUAGAGAAGGAGAAGAUUCUUCUAACAAAGGCAACUUUUUAGAACUUCUGAAAUACACAGCUGAUCACAAUGAUGUUAUAAGAAAAGUUGUUUUGGAGAAUGCUCCGGGAAAUAACAAGAUGGUUUCUUCAGAGAUUCAAAAGGAUAUUGUAAACGCUUUUGCAGAAGAAGUGGUGAAAUCUGUUAUAGAAGAAAUUGAUAACGGAGUGUUUGGUUUAUUAGUAGAUGAAUCUGCUGAUGUGUCUGACAAAGAACAGAUGGCUGUUGUUUUUCGAUUUGUUGAUAAGAAAGGAGCAGUCAAAGAAAGGUUCGUUGGAGUUGUCCAUGUGAAAGAGACUUCUUCUUUAUCUUUGAAGCAUGCUAUUGAUGAGUUGUUUGCUAAGUAUGGACUGAGCUUAAAAAAAGUGAGAGGACAAGGUUAUGACGGAGCUAGUAAUAUGAAAGGAGAGUUCAAUGGGUUGCGAUCAUUGAUUACUAAAGAAAACAGCUCUGCAUAUUAUGUUCAUUGCUUUGCUCAUCAACUUCAGUUGGUUGUAGUGGCUGUUGCGAAAAAGAUAUUUGAGAUUGCUGAUUUCUUUGAUAUGGUUUCUAUGUUACUGAAUGUGGUUGGAGCUUCUUGUAAACGGAAAGAUAAAGUCCGGGAAAAUUAUCGAGACGAGAUAAAUGUUGGAAUUGCUAGUGGUGACAUUAACACUGGAAGAGGAAGGCGCCGAUGA